GCAGCCGAGGCCUCGUCCAAGAGAUGUCGAGCCACGACUCUUCGGUGUCCGAUACCUCAUCGAGAGAGGGUGAAACAGACUACGUUGUCGAAGAGGUUUCUGUGCAUCAGGACGAGGACUCGGAGGGACGCAGCCCUAUCGGCGAGGGCGCGGGCCCUCAGGAGGAGGAGGAGUGCUUCGAUGAGUGCUUGGAAAAGUAUCAGACCGUGCAAGAGCUCAUCCUCGAAGAUAUUCGCAUCCAGGAGGAUGUGGCUGAUGCCUGCAAAGAGAUUUGGAACCGGUUCAUUGCAUCUCAGUCAAGCCGCGACGCAGCGGGGGAAGCCAUCUACUCCGCCGUGUUUGAUGCUGCUCCGAGUCUUCAGGGGCUCUUCAAGACGCCGAGGUCUGUGAUGGCUAUGCGAUUUAUGAAUG